UUCACGAGGAACGUAAAAGCCUCCAUCAAACGAGGUGGUCAGUAACUUGGAACACAAGUUUCACCAACUGUACUGCCCACUUAUCCUGCCGCCAAAUUCCCAUUCAACUCGCACACAAUCUCGAAAAAGCAACUAUAUAUCUUUAAAAAGCACUAAAAGGCCACCAACACAUACUCUUCAAUCCAACAAUGGCUUUUGGAAACAUCGUCCAAGAACCAGACAGAGAGAUCCUAAAGAAUGUUUGGGAGAACUUCAUCAGAAAGCCAGAUCAAACCGAUACAAGAUCAGUCCAUGUUCAAGAAGUUUCCACAACAUGGGAAGCCUUGCCAACCCUUGAUGACAUACCAAAACACUCCAAAAGAAGCCUUCCAAGCCUAGAUUAUAUGUCGAUGGAGGCCAAGGAAUGGGCAGAGAUUCUCGACUCCAUUUCUUCCUUCCCAAGCGAAACCAAUCGUGACAUGUUAUUAACAAACCCUACCGGUUCGCGCUCUCUGCCUUCUCCGGUUUCUUGCAAAACAAGGAAAUACAGGGGAGUAAGGAGGCGUCCCUGGGGGAAAUUCGCAGCAGAGAUAAGGGACUCAACGAGAAACGGUGUUAGAGUCUGGCUCGGGACGUUCCAGACAGCAGAAGAAGCAGCUAUGGCUUAUGAUAAAGCCGCGGUUAAAAUCAGAGGCAUCCAAAGAGCUCACACAAAUUUUCAACUCGAGACGGUUAUAAAAGCUAUGGAAAUGGAUUGCGGCUCAAGUUACUACCCGAUAAACCGUUCAAGCAGUACGUCUCGACCUAUAAGAAACCACCGUGAAACCGGAGGAAAAGAUGCGAUUGGGGCUUAUGGUGAUAGAGUUGUUGAUGGGAUGGUCGACAACGGUUGUGCCUUUAGUUAUUGUUCGACUCAGGAAAGCUUGGGAUUGGUUGGGAAUGAAGAAGCUUGGUUAGGUUCAAGAAAGAGACAAAGAAGAGAUGAAGAUUGUAUAAUGUUACAAGAAGUUGAGAUUGAUGAUAAGAAGAUGGGUAGCAGGGGAGAAGAGAAAUGUGAUGUGUUUGGUUUGUUUGAGUUUGAGGAAUUUGGAAGUGAUUAUUUGGACACAUUGUUAUCUUCUUUUUGACUGGAAAAAACAACAUAUAUUAGUAAUA